AUGCGAGAAAAUCUUGUCUAUUUUAUCACAUUAAAAACAUCAACAAUAACGGCUUUAAACGGUGGUUCAAUUUCAUCUCAAAGAUCGGCGAUAGUAAUAACGCCAUCUUUGAGACCAGAUUCAAGAAUGUCUAAUUCAUCUGAAACAAUACGAACUAUUGGAAAAAGUAUUGGCAGUUUAGACAGAAUGAUAAAUGUAAGACCAGACGAUGCAACAUUGGAUGAAAUGUUUCAGAGAACAAUUUCAACAAUGGAUUUACCAUUAGAUAAAUCAAAAGAACUUCUUAAAUAUCCUCCAGAAAAAAAAUGGGAUAUUAUUCGUGAUCAAGAUCAAGUAACAGCGAAACAUCCACCAUCUUAUUAUAUAAAUGCAUUACAAACGUAUAUCCGUGGUGCUAAUCUCGUACCAAAAGCAUCGACAUUGAAAAAGAAACAACCCAUUGAACAUUCAACACAAUUAUUAUCAAGUUUAGAAAUAUCAUUAAGAACAAAUAAUAUUGGUUGGGUACAUGAAUUUUUAAGUAAUAGUAAUAAGGGUUUGGAUGUCUUAUUGGAUUAUUUAAAAACAUCUUUAGAAGUCAUGAGGGAAGUAGAAUCAAAUGAUACAUUUGUAUCACAUGAAAAUAAUGGUUCUACAAAUAAUCAUCAUAAACCAAUUUCACCAUCACCUCCAUUAUUAAAUUAUAAUAAUAAUUCAAAUGAUAGUUUAAAACGAACAACAAUUGGACGUAGUGAUGCUAAAAAAUUAUAUCGUAAAAUAAAAAAAUAUAAUAUUGGAGAAGCAACAGACGAUGUUCGAUUAUGUAUUAUGUGUUUAAGAGCAAUUAUGAACAAUCAAAAUGGUUUUAAUCUUGUUAUUCAACAUGGUGAAGCAAUGAAUUAUAUAACAUUGAGUUUACAACAUAAAAAUUAUCGAUGUAAAGCUCUUAUUUUGGAAUUAUUAGCUGCCGUUUGUCUUGUAGAACUUGGACACGAUGUUAUUUUAAAUGCAUUUGAUAAUUUUCGAAUUAUUUGUCAAGAAAGACAUCGAUUCGAAACAUUAAUGAAAUCAUUUACACAAAUAUCCGAAUUUAAUUUUGAUUAUAUGGUUGCUUGUAUGCAAUUUAUUAAUAUUGUUGUACAUUCCGUUCAAGAUAUGAAUUAUCGUGUUCAUCUACAAGAAGAAUUUAAAUUACUCGGUUUAGAUGAUUGUUUAAAAAAAUAUCAAGAGCUCUAUGGUGAAUGUGAUCGUUUUAUACUACAAAUUCAAGCCUAUUUAGAUAAUUAUUUUGAUGUUGGACAAUUGUUAGAAGAUUCUGAAACAAAACAACAGGCAAUUGGAAAAGUAUCAGAAUUAGAAGAACAAUUAGCAAUUACAAACGAAAGAUUGCAAGAUAUUGAACAAGAACAUGUUAAUAAAACAACUGAAUUACAAAAAGCUUUAAUUGUUGCCGAAGAACAAAUUGAAUAUGUAAAGAAAGAACGCGAUGAUAUAACGCAAACACUCAAUACAUUAAGACGAAAUCCUAAUCAUGAACGAGGUUCACCAAGUAGUAGUGUAUCGUCAAUUUCUUCCGCACCUCCUGGAGCACCAACAAGUUCAUCCAAUUAUUCUAUAAUGACAUCUAAUCAAAAUGUAUAUUCAUCAAGUACAAUUCCUCCACCUCCACCAUUUCCAUCUCAGUUACCUCCACCAAAUUUUAUACCGCCACCACCGCCACCAGGUCCCCCACCUCCAAUGUUUGGUACGGGUAUUCCACCACCACCUCCAGGCAUGCUAGAAGCACCACCAGGUACAAUGACUAUAAAGAAAAAAAUAGAAACAAAAUAUAAAUUGCCAAAUUUAAAUUGGACAUCAUUAAAACCGUUACAAGUUCGUGGAACAGUGUUUAAUGAAUUGGAUGAUGAAAAAUAUCUUAAACUGAUUGAUUUUGAAACAUUUGAAGAAUUAUUUAAAACGGGCAGUGGUCUACCGGUAAACAAUGCCGGAAAUAUAAGUCCUUAUAUAAAACCAAAAUUUAUCAAAGUACCAGAAAGUUUAACACUAUUAGAUCCACAAAGACAAAGAAAUCUAGCUAUUGCCCGUCGAAAAUUAGAUCUUGAUGUAAAUACGAUAAUGCGAGCUUUAAACAAUCUUGAUCUUAAAAUAUUAACAAUCGAUACAAUUGAUAUAUUACAACAUUUUAUUCCUACAGAAUCUGAAUUAUCAAAAAUCGAACGUUUACCACAAAAAUUAAAUGUUGUUUCGUUUAUGGCAAAUUUUAAUGAUGUUAAUGAAAAUUUAGCACCGCAAUUGAAAGCAGUCAUUAAUUCAUCAUUAGCGCUGAAAAAUAGUGCAAGAUUCAAAAAAUUACUUGAAAUUAUCCUGGCAUUUGGCAAUUAUAUGAACAGUAGUAAACGAGGACCGGUGUACGGAUUUAAAUUAAACAGUUUAGAAAUGUUAUCAGAUACUCGAACACAUGAUAAACGUAUGACACUUCUACAUUAUAUUGUACAAACAAUUCAAGAACGUUUUCCAGAUGUUGCUAACUUUGAUUCUGAUUUGAGAAUAAGCGAAAAAGCAGCUCAAGUUUCAUUAGAAAAUAUUCAAAUUGAUGUGCAGGAUUUAACGCGUGGUCUAGAAUUGACUAAAAAAGAAUUGACCAUACGUCAAACAAUGAAAAAUGUUGAAACUCGUUCAUUGGAAGAUUUUUUAUCUUUAACACAAGAGAAAGUUGAUCGUCUAACGAAAGAUGCAAAAUAUGCACAAGAAACAUUUUUACAAUGUGUCGAAUAUUUUGGUGAAACACCCCGUAGUCAAACACCAUCAAAUUUCUUUUCUGCAUUUGUCAAAUUUCAACGUGCAUUUCAACAAGCACGAAUUGAUAAUGAGGAACGUAAUCGUUUAGCGCGUGAAGCAGCCGCCACUCUCGAACGUCCAAUAAAUACAAAACGAACAUUGAAUAAACGUUCACAAUUGGAAAACGGUUCUAUGCUACAGGAAGAUUUAUUAAAUGAAUUAAAAUCUCGAAAAGAAGUAUUUAAAGAUCAAAAAUUAAUAAAACGUGAUGCUGUCAAAGAAGGAACAAUCGAAUCAUUAUUAGAUGAUUUGAAAAAGACACCCUAUUUACGUGCUGAUGCUGCUCGACGAAAUCGACGUAAAACACAAGAAUUAAUGAAAGAAUUAAGUCGUGAUGUUCGUAAUGUAAAUGAAGUACAUUUAUAA